UAAACACGUGUUUUUUAUAUUUUAACAAACAUUAUUAUUGGUUCAAAAUUGAUGGUUUAAGUUGGUUGUAGUUUGAAUUUAUUUUAAAAUCGUUUUACUUCUAUUGAUACCCACUGGACUUUGUGAAAUUCUUAAGUCUUAAUUGUUAUUUAAUACCUAUAGAUACAGAACUCUAACCAAAUUCCGAAAUCAAAAUUUUAGUAAGCAUAAAUACACAAUUUAAAUCAUCUAGUAGUUGUUACCUAUGUUGUGCAAAAGCAUAAUGCAGAAGUGAGGGUUUGUGAAGAGUAAGCACGGGGCUUGUCAUUUUGUAAAAUGACUUCUCCAAUUGAAAAUUGUUAUGGUACCACUGUCCUUCAACGUGUGUGUCUGUGUGUUUGUGUGUGUGUUGGUGUGUGUGUGUGUGUGUGUGCGUCGAGAGCUAGGACGCCAUAUAAUAUAUUUUUUUUGUAAUGACCACACAUAGCUGUUCUCAUGUCAGACAUACAUUGUUAUUAUAUUUUUCGGCAUUUUGUGACAAAAUAUUUUGUCAUUAAUUAUUUUAAAAAAAAGGGGGGGCAUGUUAUGAUGGUACCACUGUCAUUCAACGUUUGUGUAUGCGUGUGUGUGUGUGUGUGUGUGUGUGUGUUUGUGUGUGUGCGCACGUCGAGAGCUAAGACGCCAUAUAGAUUGUUUUUGUAACGACCACACAUAGCUGUUCUCGUGUCAGACAUCAGACAUCAUACUAUUUCAGAAAGAUUAUCCAAAAACGUUGAUCUAUUAUAUUCUUAAAGGUCGUACAUAAUCGACAUUUUUAAAGAAUACGAUGAAUUGUUUAAAAGCAGUUAUUUUAUUGUGGGCCGGCAUCAUAGCUUUCUAUUCAUCGGUGACCGCUUUCAAGCUAAAUGGUAGGGAAAUACGUGCAGUAAAUUUAAACUAUUGUGGAGGAUUCCUUAGAAAUAUAGAACUAUACAUGGUUUAUGCAGAAGAGGGGGACAAGCUCAAGGAAUUCUUUGAAUUCAUAGACAUUCCAGGAGAUACUGGACCAAUAAAACGUAUGGUGAUACCUUAUGAUCAAACACCGUGUGAAGGAGAAAUGCAGAAAAUCGAAUUGCCCGUAAAGAAACUGGGUUUUACAGUCGAGCAAUUAACAAAAUUCAAUGAAUCACUACAAGAAACGUCAAGGAAAUGAAUAAAUGGAUAAAUAUGGGUAUUCAUAACUAAUAAAAUUUUUAAAUAAUCAUUCACAUUUAAUAUUAAUUAUUAUGAUCAUUUGUAAACUUCUGUAUUGCUAAGUAAUAUAAUACAUGUUUUGG